AUGGCGAGCCUCGAUUCCGUCCACCUUCUGUCCGAACCCGAAUUCGGCUGUGAACAUCUUGCCUUAAUCCUGGGCAAGGAGCAAAGUGCUGGCCAGUUCAGGCGCGACUUCACCAAGGUGAAUGAGCUGCUGGCACCGCUCUCCAAAACCGAGACCGUCGCUGUUCAAGCCACUGGGCUGCGGACCGUGUCGUCAUUGAAACCUAAGUACCACUGCCUGGCUUGUUCGGAAGUUUGCUUGAACACUGAGCGAAAAGCACACACGAAGAAGACGGGGCAUACAUUCUAUAUGGAGUCUCGGAGUCGCCAUGUCUUUUGUGAAUCGUGUGUGGACUUUAUCUACGACUUUGGCUUGGAGAGACUCCGCGGGCCGGGUGGCAAGUUGAAGCGAGAGAACAAAUCAUCCUGGGCGGUGGACCAGGCCGAUGAGCUCUAUGUCAGGAGCAAUGCCACGAAGAAUCCAUGUCGCUCGCGCGGCGCUCGUGGUGUCUGGAAUAUGGGCCAGACCUGCUACCAGGCUGUUGUCCUGCAGGCACUUCUUCACGACCCCGUUCUCAAUGCCUAUUUCCUCUCACAUGGUCAUGAUAUCCACACCUGCCAGAUUGAGUUCUGCAUCGCCUGUGCCACCACCCACGUCUUUACCGAGUUCAACAGCGGCGAGAACACCGACGCAGUCUCGGCCGCGACUCUUCUCUACCACGGCUGGCAAGCAAGCCGGGAAAUGGCCGGAUACAGCCAGCAAGACGCGCACGAGUACUUCCAAUUCCUUGUCAACGGACUCCACUCCUGCACCCCCGGCCACUCGGACGACUACGGCAUCAAAUGCGACUGCUUCUUCCACAAGAUCUUCUACGGCGAGCUGCGCAGCAGCGUCAUGUGCCACAAGUGCGGCCAAACGACGCACACCUACGACCCGAUGGCAGACCUGAGUCUCGAUGUGAAGCUGCAGACCAAACGCCGCAGCCUCAGCCGCACCCCUUCUUCCUCGUCAUCUACCACGCCCACCCUCACAGGCUGCCUAGAAAGUUUCACGGCCGUGGAAGACCUCAACGCCGACGCAGCGUACCACUGCGAGAAAUGCGGCAAUACGCCACAGCGCGCGUCAAAACGCCUCCAGGUCCACAAGCUGCCCAUCAUCCUGUGCAUGCAGCUGAAGCGCUACGAGCACAUCUCCAACUCCGCCAACUCCGAGAAGAUGGAGUGCCACAUCGACUUCCCCGUCUCGCUCAAUAUGUACCCCUACACAGUCAAGGAUAAGGAGCGCGUCGAUACUUCCCGGUAUAUCUAUGACUUGUCCACCGUCGUCGUGCACCAGGGUACCAUGGACUCCGGCCACUACUACGCGUACACACGCCUGCCGGGUGAUAAGUGGGUGCUCAUGGAUGACAAUAAGGUGUCUGUGGCUAGCGUUUCGGAUGUACUGCGCCAGGAUGCCUAUUUGUUAUUCUACAGUAUCCGCUCUGUCGCUUAG